AUGUCCCUCUCCAAGCAUGCAAAGACGUACUUGGCGAACCAGUCGAAGUACAGACACUUCAACGCGUUCAAUUCCCUCGUCGAAGCGUCCAUUCUCCAAAGCAGCGAUGCCUCCAAAUCCCGUACCCUCCGCCGCCAACCCGACAGCGUCGCCGACAAGCCAAUCGCAAUAAAGGACAACAUCUGCACGAAGAAACUAAAGACUACUGCUUCCUCCGGGAUACUCAAAGACUUUAGCAGCCCAUAUGACGCGACGGUGGUGAAGCUGCUACAAGAUGAAGGUGCCGUGGUGGUAGGCAAGACGAACAUGGACGAAUUCGGCAUGGGAUCGCACUCGACACAUUCACACUUCGGACCAGUGAAGAUGCAGAGAUACAAAGGAGAGGAUGCAAGUGCGGGUGGAAGCUCAGGUGGAAGCGCGCUUGCUGUCGCGUCGUCGCAAUGUUGGGCCGCGUUAGGUACCGAUACUGGGGGGUCGGUACGGCUUCCUGCUGCAUAUACCGGGGUCGUUGGGUUCAAGCCGAGCUACGGACUGCUGUCGAGAUGGGGCGUGAUUGCCUAUGCGAACUCUCUGGAUACUGUCGGGAUCUUUGGCAAGAACGUGGCGAGUGUGAAGAGCAUUUUCUCCAAGGUCAACAUCCACGAUGCGCAGGAUCCGACGUCCGUUCCCAACACAACCCGAGCAAAAUUCCGUACAGGGAAGCGACCAACUUCGUUGAAGAUAGGCAUUCCUCUUGAUUACAACAUCGACACAUUGCAGCCCGCUGUCCGAAAGGCAUGGAUUGACCAACUCAGACAUCUGUGGAAUGCUGGUCAUACUUUGCACCCUAUUCGGUUACCCACAACACAACAAGCACUAUCAGCCUACUACGUCCUUGCGCCAGCCGAGGCAUCGAGCAACCUCGCAAAGUACGAUGGCGUGCGUUUCGGAAGUAGAGCCGAGGGCAUCGAUGGUACACCAGAAAGUGUGCUCUUUGCUAAAACCCGGGGUCAAGGUUUCGGUCCGGAGGUUCAGCGGCGUAUACUCCUUGGAGCCUUUUCACUAAGCGCCCAGGCUAUCGACAACUACUUCAUACAAGCACAAAAGAUUCGGAGGCUCGUACAACAAGAUUUCAACGGGGUGUUUGCCAGUCCAAACCCGUUGCUCGAUGCCGAAGAAACCGUGGCAGAAACAGAAGGAGUGGACGUGAUCAUAUGCCCCACAGCUCCAUCAACGGCACCGUCUUUGGCUGAAGUCGAGGAUCAGGAUCCAGUCCACUCCUACAUGAACGAUGUCUUCACCGUACCAGCUAGUCUUGCCGGGCUGCCAGCAAUCACUCUUCCCACAUUUACUCCUUACAAGGAAAAGAGCCAGAGUUCGACGGUCCCGGAUUCAUUCUUCAAUUCUGUAGGACUGCAGAUCAUUGGUCAAUACGGAGAUGACGAACUCGUUCUGUAUGCUGCAGAACAGAUGGAGAUUUUCAGAAGUACUCCGCAGCCCAAUGGCAGACCGGAAACAACCGCAUGGGGCGGUGGUCUUGAAUGGCUUGUGGACGAAUUCCUUCAAGCGCUAGGGCCCAGACGUCUUGACGCCGGUGCUGCUAUGUGUGAGAUGAGCCGAACAGCGUAUGUGGCCACUUUCGCUGAUAAGAAGAAUCCGCUUGCUGCUGAGAGGAAACAGUUUGAGGCGGUUCAAUACAUUCGGGGAAUAUGGGGUCAUGUGUAUGACGAAGGUCGGAUAUAG